CCGCCGCCCCCCCCCCCCCCCCCCCAUGCGCCCCGCCGCGCCCUAGCGCCCGCGCUCCGCGAUGUCCGCGGCCCAGCUCUACACGCAGUACACUCGGGUUUGGAUUCCCGACCCUGAUGAAGUUUGGAAAUCAGCAGAAAUAAUCAAGGAUUACCGCGAGGGAGAUAAAAGCCUGCGUCUGAAGCUCGAAGAUGAAACUAUCUUUGAGUAUCCCGUUGACCUCCAUGGGAACGAGCUGCCUUUCCUGCGCAAUCCCGAUAUCCUGGUGGGAGAGAAUGACCUGACGGCCCUGAGCUACCUGCACGAGCCUGCGGUCCUCCACAACCUCAAAGUGAGGUUCCUUGAGUCCAACCACAUCUACACGUACUGCGGUAUUGUGCUUGUUGCCAUCAAUCCCUACGAGCAGCUGCCAAUCUACGAACAAGAUGUCAUCUACGCCUACAGCGGCCAAAACAUGGGGGACAUGGAUCCUCACAUCUUCGCGGUGGCUGAAGAAGCCUAUAAGCAGAUGGCCAGGGACGAGAAGAACCAGUCCAUCAUCGUGAGCGGCGAGUCGGGCGCUGGCAAGACCGUCUCCGCCAAGUACGCCAUGCGCUUCUUCGCCACCGUCGGGGGCUCCGCCAGCGAGACCAACAUCGAAGCCAAAGUCCUUGCCUCGAGCCCCAUUAUGGAGGCAAUUGGAAAUGCUAAAACAACAAGGAAUGACAACAGCAGCCGCUUUGGGAAAUACAUUCAGAUCGGCUUCGAUAAAAGAUACCAUAUCAUUGGUGCCAACAUGAGGACCUAUCUGUUGGAAAAAUCAAGAGUUGUGUUCCAGGCGGAGGACGAGAGGAACUACCACAUCUUCUAUCAGCUUUGUGCCUCAGCAAGUCUUCCAGAAUUUAAAGACCUUGCACUAACGUGUGCCGAAGACUUCUUCUACGCUUCGCAGGGAGGCGACGUGUCCAUCGAGGGUGUGGAUGAUGCCGAGGACCUGGAGAAGACCAGGCACGCCUUCGCCCUGCUCGGAGUGAAGGAGUCCCACCAGACCACCAUCUUCAGGAUAAUCGCUGCCAUUCUGCACCUGGGCAACCUGGACAUCCAAGCCGAACGCGAUGGAGAUGCCUGUAGCAUAUCGAGCGCGGACGAGCACCUGAACACCUUCUGCGGCUUGCUGGGUGUGGAGCACAGCCAGAUGCAGCACUGGCUCUGCCACCGGAAGCUGGUCACCACGGCCGAGACCUACGUGAAGAGCAUGUCCCUUCAGCAGGUGCUCAACGCCAGGGACGCCCUGGCCAAGCACAUCUACGCCCAGCUCUUCAACUGGAUCGUGCAGCACAUCAACAAAGCCCUGCACACCACCGUCAAGCAGCACUCCUUCAUCGGGGUGCUCGAUAUCUACGGGUUCGAAACUUUUGAAGUAAAUAGCUUUGAACAGUUUUGUAUCAACUACGCCAACGAAAAGCUCCAGCAGCAGUUCAACUCGCACGUGUUCAAGCUGGAACAAGAGGAGUAUAUGAAGGAAGAAAUCCCGUGGACUCUCAUAGACUUCUAUGAUAACCAGCCCUGCAUAGACCUUAUAGAAGCAAAACUUGGUAUCUUGGACUUGCUGGAUGAAGAGUGCAAGGUUCCCAAAGGAACCGACCACAACUGGGCGCAGAAGCUGUACGACCGGCACGCUGGCAGCCAGCACUUCCAGAAGCCCCGCAUGUCCAACACCUCCUUCAUCGUCGUGCACUUUGCAGACAAGGUGGAGUACCAGUGCGAGGGCUUUCUCGAGAAAAACAGGGACACCGUGUACGAAGAGCAGAUCAACAUCCUGAAAGCCAGCAAGUACCAGAUGGUCGCGGACUUGUUCCAAGACGAGAAGGAUUCUGCGCCUGCCGCUUCCGUGGGCAAGGGGACCUCCAAGAUCAACGUCCGUUCCGCCAAGCCGGUCAUCAAAGCGGCCAACAAGGAGCACAAGAAGACGGUGGGGCACCAGUUCAGGAACUCCCUGCAUUUGCUUAUGGAGACGCUGAAUGCCACCACCCCGCACUACGUGCGCUGCAUCAAGCCAAAUGACGAGAAGCUCCCGUUCACAUUUGAUCCGAAGAGAGCGGUCCAGCAGCUCAGAGCCUGUGGCGUGCUGGAGACCAUCCGCAUCAGCGCAGCUGGCUUCCCGUCCAGGUGGUCCUACCAUGACUUCUUCAAUAGAUACCGUGUUCUUAUGAAGAAGAGAGACGUCUCCAAGAAUGACAAGAAGCAGAUAUGCCGGACCCUGUUGGAAGACCUCAUCAAGGAUCCAGACAAGUUCCAGUUUGGACGUACCAAGAUCUUUUUCCGUGCAGGCCAGGUGGCAUAUCUGGAGAAACUGCGAGCAGAUAAGUUCAGAGCUGCCACCAUCAUGAUUCAGAAGACAGUGCGGGGCUGGCUGCAGAGAGUCAAGUACCAAAGGCUGAAGGGGGCCGCGAUAGUAAUCCAGCGUUACGCCCGUGGGCACCUGGCUCGCAGGCUUGCAGAGCACCUGCGGAGAACGCGAGCGGCCACGGUCUUCCAGAAGCAAUACCGAAUGCUGAGGAUCCGCCGAGCUUUCCAGCGGGUCCGCAACGCCACCGUCACCAUCCAGGCUUUCGCUCGAGGCAUGUUUGUCAGGAGAGUUUAUCGCAAGAUGCUUGUAGAGCACAAAGCAACCAUCCUCCAGAAGUAUGUUCGCGCCUGGCUGGCCCGUACUCGCUUCCUCCGGAUGAGGAGGGCCACCAUCGUCCUGCAGUGCUACUACCGGCGCAUGAAGGCCCGGCAGGAGCUGAAGGCACUGAAGAUCGAGGCCCGAUCCGCCCAGCACCUGAAGAAACUCAACAUUGGCAUGGAGAACAAGGUGGUCCAGCUUCAGAGGAAGAUCGAUGAGCAGAACAAGGAGUACAAACUCCUGAACGAGCAGCUCUCCACGCUCGCCUCUGCCCACUCGUCCGAAGUGGAAAAGCUGAAGAAGGAACUGGAGCAGUAUCAGCAGUGUCACCGGGGCAAUGGGAACCAGCUCGUUAGCUUGCAGGAAGAGAUGGAGAGCCUCCGCCUGGAGCUCGAGAAGGCCCAUGGUGAAAGGAAGGUGGUGGAGGACAGCUACGUGAAGGAGAAGGACCUGCUCAGAAAGCGCAUAUCGGACCUGGAGGAGGAGAACGCGCUCCUGAAGCAGGAGAAGGAGGAGCUGAACCGCAGGAUCCUCUGUCAGUCCCGAGAUGAAUUUGCACAAAACACGGUGGAGGAAAAUCUCCAGAUGAAGAAGGAGCUGGAAGAAGAGAGGUCUCGGUAUCAGAACCUGGUGAAAGAGUAUUCGAGGCUGGAGCAGAGAUACGACAACCUGAGGGAUGAAAUUACUAUUAUAAAGCAAACUCCGGGGCACAGGAGAAACCCGUCCAACCAAAGCAGCUUGGAGUCCGACUCCAACUACCCGUCGAUAUCGACCUCCGAGCUGGGGGACACCGAGGAUGUAAUUCAGCAAGUGGAGGAGGCUGGGAUGGAGAAAGCAGCCAUGGACAUGACGCUCUUCCUCAAGCUGCAGAAGCGAGUGAGGGAGCUCGAGCAGGAGAGGAAGAAACUGCAGACCCAACUGGAGAAAAAGGAGCAGGAAGGCAAGAAAGCUCAGGAAAUCGAGACGAAGACUGAAAUAGCUUCGGACCGUGAAGAUUUUGCAUACAACAGCCUGAAGAGGCAAGAGCUGGAAUCGGAGAACAAGAAACUGAAAAACGAACUGAAUGAGCUGAGGAAGGCUAUUGCGGAGCGGGCCACCCAGAACAAUUCCUCCAACGACAUCCAAGACAGCUACAGCCUCUUGCUGAACCAGCUGAAGUCAGCCAACGAGGAGCUGGAAGUGCGGAAAGAAGAGGUCCUUAUCCUGAGGACGCAGAUCAUGAAGGCAGCCCAGCAAAAAGAGAUGGGCAAAAAUAUGGAAGCAAGCAUGAACACCCAUGCCAGCUGGCCCAACAGCGACAAGCACAUGGAUCAAGAGGACGCAAUCGAGGCUUACCAAGGGAUGUGCGAGACGAACCGGCUGCUGGAAGCACAGCUCCAGGACCAGCGGAGAGAGCACGAGGAGGAGGUCGAAACUCUGAAGAACCAAGUAGAGGCAAUGAAGGAGGAGAUGGAGAAACAGCAGCAGGCCUUCUUGCAGACCCUGCAGCUAUCUCCGGAGGCCCAGGUGGAGUUUGGGCUUCAGCAAGAAAUUACGCGCCUCACCAACGAGAAUCUGGAUCUCAAAGAGUUACUAGAAAAGUUGGAAAAGAAUGAAAAGAAGCUGAAGAAGCAGCUAAAGAUUUAUAUGAAGAAGGUCCAAGAUUUUGAAGCAUCCCAAGCGAUGGUACAGACGGAGAGGAGGCAGCACGAGCUCAACCGGCAGGUCGCAGUCCAGAGGAAGGAGAAAGAUUUCCAGGGAAUGCUGGAGUAUUACAAAGAGGACGAGCCGCUUCUUGUGCGAAACCUCGUCACAGAUCUGAAGCCGCAGACGGUGUCUGCCACCGUCCCUUGCCUCCCCGCCUACAUCCUCUACAUGUGCAUCAGGCACGCGGACUACAUCAACGAUGACCAGAAAGUGCACUCCUUGCUCACCUCCACCAUCAACGGCAUUAAGAAAGUGUUGAAGAAGCACAACGAGGACUUCCAGAUGACGUCGUUUUGGCUGGCUAACACGUGUCGCCUCCUGCACUGCUUAAAGCAAUACAGCGGAGAUGCGGGUUUUAUGACACAAAACACCGCCAAGCAGAAUGAGCACUGUCUCAAGAACUUCGACCUGACCGAGUACCGCCAGGUGCUGAGCGAUCUCUCCAUCCAGAUCUAUCAGCAGCUCAUUAAGAUAGCAGAGGGCAUAUUGCAGCCCAUGAUAGUGUCGGCAAUGUUGGAAAAUGAGAGCAUCCAGGGGCUUUCCGGCGUGAAGCCAAUGGGCUACAGGAAUCGCUCCUCCAGCAUGGCAGACAGCGACAGCUCGUACAGCUUGGACGCAGUCAUCCGCCAGAUGAACGCCUUCUACAAUAUCAUGUGCGAUCAGGGCCUGGACCCAGAGAUCAUCCAGCAGGUCUUCAAGCAGCUCUUCUACAUGAUCAACGCGGUCACCCUCAACAACCUCCUGCUGCGGAAGGACGUCUGCUCGUGGAGCACUGGCAUGCAGCUAAGGUUUAACAUAAGCCAGCUAGAGGAGUGGCUGCGCGGGAAGAACUUGCAGCAGAGCGGAGCGGCGCAGACGUUGGAGCCCUUGAUUCAGGCAGCGCAGCUCCUGCAGCUGAAGAAGAAGACCUCCGAGGACGCCGAGGCCAUCUGCUCCUUGUGUACCUCGCUCACUACCCAGCAGAUUGUAAAAAUACUUAAUCUCUACACUCCUGUGAAUGAGUUUGAAGAACGUGUUACAGUAGCUUUCAUACGAAACAUACAGGCACACUUGCAAGAGCGAAAUGACCCUCCGCAGCUGCUGUUAGACUUCAAGUAUAUGUUCCCAGUUUUGUUUCCAUUCAACCCAUCCUCCAUCACUAUGGACUCUAUUCAUCUCCCUGCUUCUCUCAACUUGGAAUUUCUCAAUAAAGUCUGAAGAAAAUAUAAUUAAGUCCAUCAAGUCCAUCUCUCAUACCCAGAGACCUCCAGCAAAAAAAGAGAAAUCAAAAAAGGAAUUAAGGAGCUCUUUAAAUGUGGACCAAAUAAGUUUAUGGAAGAACCAAUACACAGUAAUAAAUGGACUGUACAGUAAAAAAAGAGACUGAUCUGUAUGUGAUUUUUUUUUUUGGUAAUUUAUAGCUCAGAAUAAGGAUACUUGAAAUACAAUUUUCUUUCUUUUUUUUUUUUUUUUUUUUUACUGCUUGAUUUUAUGCUGACAUAGUUCAAAGCCCAUAUUAAUCUCCAAAAGCUGCUAACAGAAAAGAAUGAUUAGUGGGAGACAGCUUACUUUGAUCUUCAUAGGUGACUAUGAAGGAAUGACAAUUAAAAAUCUAAGACAAAAUCCUAGACAUUUAUGCUGCCUUCAAGGACGUACAAUUUGUCUAAUAACUAGGUGGUCUGUAUAUAUUAAUAAUGGAGAUAUGCAAUUCUGCCUAUUGUUCUUGCUAGUAACUGUAUCGCAAUAGUUCAGAAAUUAAAUUGCAGAAGGUACAAGUAUGUGUUUAUCAUGCAGGUUAAGGUAACAGGCUUGAACAAUGCUCGUUUCCACUGAUACGGAAUUUGUCAUGAAUCUUCAGUUUCAGAAAUGCUGUUUCUCUCCUUACUUCAUACAGUGCAUCUCUUAUUUACAUGCUACAGGGAAUUCAAAUAAACUGGCGAUUUGGACUUUCUUCCAUUACGAAAUUUGUAUUAGUGACUUGCAAAGAUUUCGUCCGAAUGACGUGAGCUUGAGAGAAGGGACUGCCGUAAGCCUCCUGCUUCUAGUACAGGCAAGUGCCAUCCGGACCGCUGUUGCCAGCUCUCCCUGUGCUUUUAGAAGUCAAACACUCUCAUGCCAUGGCAAAAGGGUUGCUGAGUAUGAGAUAAGAAGUUGUUUCCUUGCUUUUACGUAGCCAGUAUUGGAAGCUUAUGCCUAAGUAAGUCAGACAAGUGCAACCCAGUUUAAUAAUCACAUCCCCAGUCCUUCUUCCUUCAGUGGAUUCAUCCUAGCCGUAGCCCAGGACUAGGAAACGAAAACUCUGUUCAACUCAACAGCCAUCAGAAAGCUUGCCAAAUACUGGGCUUAGAUAAAUGAGGAAUACUUUAAAAAGAAAAAAAAGUUCAAAAGCAAAAGGGAACAGCUAAGCAAUGAAAUGGUUUAACAUGAAAAAUCAUCAGCUAAUGUGUUAGUAACAUAAGCCUUUUUUAAUUCCAAUUCUUUUAUCUACAACAACCUCAAACUAAGAAAUCCAAUUUAUCCAAAUUCUGGCUGCUAGGACUUUUAUUUACGUAACCAGUAUACUAAACAAGCCUUCUGACCUCACCAGCUGGGCAUUACAAGGGGCCAGCUACUCCCAAAAGCAGUAAUUGAUUUUUCUCAAUACUUAGCACACUACAUUUAAUCCCUGCAGUCACUGCAGAAAACCACUAUGCUUGCUGGGACGGAAAAAAAAAGACUGUUUCCAAGGGUGGAUGAGGCUGUACAACAGUCCUGUGCAUGAUGCCGUUGUGGUAGGUCUGCACGUUGGGACUGUGCCGUUACUCGUCGUGCUCCAGUGCCAUGGCAAAGGCCCCCGCGUCUUAUAACCGGGGGCAUUUUGGCCUCUCUGCUUCCAUAAUGAUCUUGUCUACGCAGAUCUUAACUCACUUGCUGCUGUGGUUGUGGUCCUGGUCAUCUCAGUGCUUCCGUGAUGAUUAAGAGCUUUCGGAAAACCUCCCUGCAUCUUUCGGGCUACUUUUAGUUGGUGUAAAUCAUAUCCGCGCAGCAAAUUAAUGAGUAGGUAUCUAGUCGGCUCAGAGUAUUAAAGCAGGAUGUAAAGGCUCUUGAAGAUGCACGACACUAAAAAACCACCGUGCUGCAGUCACCUUUUUAGGUAGUGUGUGUUUUGAUUUAAACAUCAUGUAUAUAAUCUAUGUAUAUACAAACUGUAAUAGUCCUGUAUGUACUAUAUAUGUAUAUUACUAUCCAAAAGCACAUUUUUAAAGAAAAAGUUGAGUGCUGUUAAGAAUUGUAUCGGUCUAUGCUUGAAGGUAAAUGCUUUGUUUCAAAUGGAGGACGAGGAUUUAGUACUGCUCUUACCAGUGAAGAACAGAGUUAAGGCCAUUCCCUAGGGAGCAGUUAUCUUUUCCUCUAACCAUUACCCAACUAAUUAUAAAAGAAAACUUAUUGCUUGUACAGUACCAGCACUACCUCCAAACUACAGUCCUUGAGCGUCUGCAUCUACCGUGCGUUUUCAGUAGUGCCUUCAUCUCCCCUUCAGGUGCAGGAAGGAUAACACCACCAUAGUGCUGCCCGCACCCAGCAAGCACCUACUCUUCUGUCACUUGCUCAUCUACAAUACUUUUAUUUAUUGUACCUACCUCUUUUCACCUCUUGCAAAUGAAUGUUUUUUGCAAUGCUCUGAAUUUAAUUUUCCAGUUAAAUCUUAUCCCUUUUUUCCAUGCAAUGGUAGUUGUCACAGAACAAAACAGAAGUAAUUUUCAAAUUUAGUCUUUACGCAAUGUGGUUAUAACGCAGUGCUAUUUCUCAGAAUUCGUCUUAGGCCAGCAGUUCCCUCUCAGGCUCUUCAGGUCUCUACCUCUCUCCCUUGUAAAUUAUUCAGUGUACAAUUCCCAGCAGACUGAUUAAACCACUGCUUAUCAGUCAGACUAAAUGACAGGUUGCUGCAGAAUCCUCUUCCGCAAUGAUUUUGUUGCUGGUCACAGUUACAAAAUGUGGUUAAUGCUACUCUAGGGAGUAAUGGUCUUUCACUGGAGUUUUCAGGAUCAUAAUUUAUAUGUAUAGCAAAGAGACUGUCUUAAAAACGGUUAGUAUGUAUAGAUAGGAGCUGGGAUUUAAUGUCUUGAUCUGCAAUGAUGUAGCUUGUCCAUUAAACUCCAUCUGGAAGAGGACUCUGUAUUAAAUAUCUUUAAUAUAUGUAGUUUUCUCUGUUGGCAAUUUUUUAAAUUUGUUUUUAAUUUUGUUAAAUUGCUAUGCUCAAGCAUGCCUUUCUCUGCUCGGAUUGGCACUUCUUUAUUUAAGGAGCAAAUUUAACACAAAGCAUGGCUUUGAGAAAGCUGGCUGCUUUCCAGAUGUCUUUAUUUUUAAAUAUUGAUUAUUAAGUUCAACGUUUUCUCAUUGUGUGCCUUUAGCUGUUACUAAGGUAACUGACUUCUCAACACUGUUUCUGAAACAAGUGUUAAACUGCAGGAAUAUUUAUGUUGUUCCGCCAUGAAAAUUUGUCUGCGGAUGCAGAAGUCUGCGUAUAAAAUCUGGCUGCGAGAAGGUCUGCAAGAGCGUUCUGAAAUUGCUAGAAAGAAAGCAUUAGUGACCCAUGUUGGUUUUUGCAUGUAUAAUGUAUCUCAGAAAAGUAGGAUUGGGAAUCCUAAUCUCCAUGGGAAUGAAUACAAGACGUAAAUCCUCCACCCCUACCCCAAGACAAACAAAACCAAACCAUGCACCUCCUCAAAGGCGACUUCAUGCAUGUAUUCUGUGCAUCUGAAGAGCGUCCAGGACAACAUUCACGUUUUGUUUUCACUGAUUUUUUUUUUUUGGGGGGGGGGGGGGGGCAGUUCUGUAGCUGAGGUUGCUGAUCUUCCAGCUGGUAAAGUUGUAGUAGUUGACUGUAGAAAAGAAAAUUAGGCCUUAGGAGUGAAUUUAUGCAAUCCUGUGUGAUUAACGUUUUUGCUCGUACAACUUAUUUCCCUGAUCUAAUAAGACUUCUUGCAUGAGCGCCAUAAUAACGAGAGGUGGGCCUGUUGCAGUGUUUAAGCAUGCAGAGUCAGCUACCUUUCCUGAUGCUAUAGCUUAAAAACAUGCAAGCGGGGAGAACCCAGUUGCAUCACUGAAAUCACGGUGUAGGUAACGUCCACAAAUUGCAGGUCAGAUUUUCAAAGGGAUUCACAAAAAGAUAAAUGUAGGAAGGACGCACUUGAAACAGCAGGUCAUUUUCCUCCCUUUUCACUAGUAAUCUCACUAGAUUGUGCAAAUUCAUUCUUUCAAUUUAAUGUGUUUAACUGCAAAAUUAAUGCUUCAGGAUUGCAUAUAAACGUGGCAACCUAACUAAAAUGAUUUGCAUGAGUUGCCACAAACCUUUUCCUCCAGCUUUGAUUCACAUGUAUUAAUCCUAAACAAUUCUUUCCCUCAUAAAAUUUUAGCAAUGUGAAUGUUGAAUAAAACAGUCCAUAGAACAUAUUCCCCAAUGAGCAUACAAUUUAUUCUGAAAUAUAAGUGCCAACGAACAAAGACUGUCAAAUUAAGUUGAAAUAAGAAUUGAAAUUAUCCAAAAAUGUGCUGUAACAGUGCAAUGUCUGAUGUUUUGUUUUUUUGGUUUGGGUUUUUCUCGGGUUUGUGAAGUCUCAUUACCUUGACCAGCAGAAGGUAGAGCUGCUCUAAAAGAAGCUGAAUGAUAUACAGGAGCGAAUGCUGUAGAUGAAAUACUACUGCUUAUAAAAUAUUUUUUUCCAUUUUGAACAAAUCUGUAAACUACACCUUUGUUUAUAGGAAAAUGCUUGUAAUAGUCACUGUAAUAUUUGGCUGUGGAUAAAACAAAAAUUUGUGAAAUAAACACUUUUGAAGAAAUCAUGA